GAGUUACUUUACCAGGAGUUGACUUUGACAGCAGAGCGCAUGAACGCAGCACUCUCUCAGCCGGUGACACACAGAGACAUGCGCUGCGGGGCACACACUGCAGUUUGUUUCAAGCCUUGAGGAAAAGAGCAGAAAGAGUUUUCUCCACCAUGACGGCUAAAGCGCUGGAGAAGGUGCCGGUGAAUCUCGGGGGGUUCGUGCAUCCCGCAGCCGACAGCGUGUACUCAGUGGAAGACAUCGCCUCCGGCCUGCCGACCUCUGUGGCGAUCUUCCCCAACAGCGAUUUAGGAGCGCAGUACGACCAGAUCAAUGUGGCAGCAGACGGCUUGAUGAGCGCAGACAUGAGCGUGGAGAAGCGCUCUCUGGACCUCUCCUCCUACUCCAGCGGCUUCUCUCAGCCCGCAUCCCACCGCAACCAGACCUUCACCUACAUGGGGAAGUUCUCCAUCGACUCCCAGUAUCCAGGUAACUGGAACCCCGAGGGAGUGAUCAACAUCGUCUCGGGCAUCUUCAACGUGGCCCAGCCGCCGCCACAUCCUCCUCCUCCCUCCUCUUCAGCGUCCUCCUCCCCGGCUUCCUCUGGAUCUCCCAAUCACUUCUCCAGCGGAAAUUUGAGCUGCACCAUGGCGGCUCAGAACCAGGUAGAGAUAGACCACCACCACCACCUGUACUCCCCUCCGCCUCCUUACUCCUCCUCUGGCUGCGGGGAGGUGUACCAGGACCCCUCGGCGUUUUUGUCCACCUCUACCUGCCCCAUCGCGUCUUACCCGCCUCCCUCCUACUCCUCGCCCAAGCAGCCCGGCGGCUCGGACGCGCCGGGGCUCUUCCCCAUCAUCCCCGACUACUCGGGCUUCUUCCAGCCGGCUUGCCAGCGGGACAUGCACACGGCAGGUAUCCAAGACCGGAAGCCGUUCGGUCCAUGUCCCCUCGAUACAUUCCGUGUCCCUCCACCCCUGACCCCGCUGAACACUAUCAGGAACUUUACGCUGGGGGGUCCGGGUGGUGGUGGCUCCGAGGUAGGGCCGCCAAGGCUCCCCUCUGCCUACAGCCCACAGAACCUGCCCCUGAGGCCGAUCCUGCGGCCCAGAAAAUACCCGAACAGACCCAGCAAGACGCCCAUCCACGAGCGGCCGUACCCCUGUCCGGCGGAGGGCUGCGACCGAAGGUUCUCCCGCUCCGACGAAUUGACCAGACACAUCCGGAUCCACACUGGACACAAGCCCUUCCAGUGCCGGAUCUGUAUGCGCAACUUCAGCCGCAGCGACCAUCUCACCACACACAUCCGCACGCACACGGGGGAGAAGCCGUUCGCGUGCGACUUCUGCGGCCGCAAGUUUGCCCGGAGCGACGAGAGGAAGAGACACACUAAAAUCCACCUGAGGCAGAAGGAGAGGAAGUCCUCCGCUGUCUCCUCCUCGUCCUCCUCCUCGUCCGGCAGCACCGGGGUGGAGCGGCCGUCAGGCGGCAUCAGCGCAACCAGCGGGAUUUGUUCAUAGCUUUCCCUGGAACACCGCGCGCACUCACCGGACUGAGGAAGGAGGAACAGAACUAUGAAAUGAUGAGUGGGACACUGCUGUGCGCCCUUCCUGCUCCGGACACGGACAGAGACACCAAUGCACUUUGCCUGCACAGUGCACUGAGCAGCAGACCAGCCAUCCCUUCAGGAGAGUCUGCAGGGCGGUGUCAUGUAAAGGGCGCGCGCCAGGCUGCGCGUUUAAACGUGAAAUAACUGCAAUAACGGUUUGAAGAAAAAACAGUUUUAAGUUAUUGAAUUGACAAAGUGUUCAUUCUAACAUGUUUGCUGAUGACUAGGUUUCCCCUCUGUGCCUUGCUGUGUGUCUUUGUGCGCGGACCGAGCGCUCCCGUGCACUGAUCUGUCCUCUAACAUGUAAAGUUGGGAGACUUUCUAUUUUUGUACACAUCUCGUCUCGUGUAACUUCAAGUGUUAGGCAGUUGUGGCUCACGUGUAAAACAAUGUUAGAGUCUAAAUAUGUUGAACUCAUACCUACUUGACAUUUGUGCUGUUGUGUGUUUUGGUCGUAUUAAACGGAUGGGGAUGAUGAACACAGCCGG